UGUGCAGGGAUCCUCAUCAUGCCAGUGCUAGACAUGAUUUAACAGUACCAUGUCAUUUUCUCCAUAGGCAUUUCAAAUGCACCAUUAGUCUUUUCAACAUUCCCCCUUAUUCUUAACUGGAAUUAACGGGGUUGAAAGUUGUCCUUGGCGGAUUUUGUACUGAUAAGUACUCACUUUGUUAGCCAAGGUUGAGAUAAUUUCCCUGCGUUAUGGCUCAAUGCCUUUUUUAAAGAUGGUUCAUAAGAUACCCAUCGAUGCCCAGCUCAGAGAUUCUCAUAAGACUACAGAGUGCAUGCUCCCUAUUAUGAAUAGGCCUGUAUUAUCUUGAUAUGCAUUUAUACCAGACUCUUUAGAGUUCUGCCCUAGUUUUCAAAUUGCAUCAUCCACUAUUACUUAGUUGGGCUUCGAAACAUGAAAUGGGGGUGUUGAAAAUUAUACACAGAGCAAAAAAAAAAAACGUACACUCGUAUUGGUAGCGUCCUAGACACUAGACAGUCAACUGCUCCUCUGAAUUUAUAACUCGCAACCCAAGGAGGAUUGUUAUUCAUUUAUAGAGGUUUCUGGAAAAGUAAGGUUUCUUUAAAUUUCUUUUUAUAGAUUCAUAGCUAAUUGUAUUUGAAAUAAUUUACCAUUAUGUGUUUGGGUAAAGGUUUACGUUCAUUGGUACAUGUAUUGGUAAGAAAUGGCUGAGCCAGAUAACAAUGGUAUCUUACUAUCAUUUCUUGUCUUAGCUGUUGAAAUAAAACCCCUUUUCCAUGUCUUGUUUACUCAUUAUUGCUUGUUCGUCUCUUGCAAUUUAGAUAAAUGGUAUAACAUUAAACUCAAGGUGGUUGAGUCUCAAGCAGUAGGGAGGCGGAAGCAAGCCAAUGGAGCGUCUCUUUCUGCAAGAGACUCGGGCACUCCAUACCCACUGAUCCUGCGGGGCUCACUGAAGACACCGGGACUGUACUUGCAUUGUUGGGUUUUGAAGCACUCUGUAUUGUGGAUAUCUGUACAUCACUGCUAGCGUAGACUGUGGGGUAACAGGCACCCGGACAGCAAGAUGAUGCAGAUUAACCUGACAGGCUUCCUGAACGGAAAGAACGCCAGAGAGUUCAUGAAAGACCUGUGGCCCCUGCUGCUCAGUGCCCAGGAGAACAUCGCAGGCAUCCCCUCUGCCUUCCUGGAACAGAAGAAGGAGGAGAUUAAACAGAGACAGAUUGAGCAGGAGAAGCUCGCCUCUCUGAAAAAGAUCGACGAUGAGAAGAAGGAGAAGGAAAACAAAGAGAACCGAGAGAGGGCUCAGUCCAAGAGCCCCAACAGAAGGAGGAAGUCCAGGUCACCGUCACCACGCAGGCGUUCGCCAGCCAAGCGGGAGAAGAAGCGCAGCCACUCGCGCUCCCCGCGCCGCAAACCCAGCCCCAGCAGCAGCUCCCCCCCUGCAGCUCUGCUGCCCAGCAAGCCGGAGGAGCCCCACAUGGAGCCAGACACCUCAGACAGCAUCCUGCCCGAACCCAUCAUCCAGGAGGCCUCCUCCACCAGUGAUCACGUGUCAGACGCAGCCCAGCCAGACUCGGUGACUGAGGUGAAGGAGCCCUCCCCAGACAAGGCUGUGAGGAAGGAGGAGCGCCCCAAGGCCCGGGACAGGGACAGGGACGGCCGGAGGGACAGGCCUCGGCACCGCUCUCGCUCCCACUCUCGCUCCCGCAGACGACCACGCUCUCGCUCCAGGUCCUACUCCCCCCGCCGUAGGCCCAGCCCCAGGCGGAGGAUGUCUCCUCGCCGCAGGAGCCCGCCCAGACGUGGGCCACCAGGUCCCAGGCACAGACGCAGUCGCUCACCCCUCCGCAGGCGGCGCUCUCGCUCCCCCUCCUCCUCCGGCAGCAGCUCCUCUCCCUCCCCUAAGAAGGCUGUGAGACGGCCCUCCACCACCCCGCCCAGGAAACUGCCCCGCCACGGAGACCCCUCCCUCGAGGCUCGCCGCUCCCCCUCCCCACGGGCCAGGAAGGGCCUGGCCUCAGCCUCUCCUUCCAGAUCCACAGGUGUGAAGAGAAAACCAGGAGGGAGGAAUGGUUCACCAUCCGAUGGGCCCAAAGCAAGGAGAUCAGAGGCAUCUGAAUCAGAGGAGGAGAAAGGUGAGAAGGGAGCUACAGCAGACUCUGUGCAGCAGCGACGUCAGUACCGUAGACAGAACCGCCAGUCAUCUUCAGAUACAGGUUCAUCUUCCUCCUCCGAGGACGAGCGGGCCAAGAGGCCGGGCGCAGGGCCGGUGGCCAAGAACGGAGAGGUGCGCAGAAGACGCAGCCACUCUCCUUCCUCCCCCAGGAGACGCCACAGGGACGCCUCCCCGAGGAAACGACGGAGCCCUUCCCCUGGAGGACGCAGGCCCUCUCCUCCACGCCGUCGCAGAUCCCCCUCUCCACCCAGACGCAGGUCUCCCUCACCUCCGGCCCGUAGACGCUCUCCCUCCCCCAGGCGCUUCUCCCCCCCCAUCCAGCGGCGCUACAGCCCCACCCCCAUGCUCCCUCAGAAGAGGCGUCCGUCCGGGUCCCCCCCUGCCAAGCGCCCGUCUCCAGGCGCCAAGCGUCGCCCCUCCAGGUCCCCCAAACGCAGGAGCUCCCCCACCCAGAAGAGGCGCACGCCUCCCCCCUCCAUAUCUCCCCCCAGACACAGGAGGAGCCCCAUGCUCCCCACCAACCGGCCAGGCAGGGAGGGCCGCUCCCCUCCUCCUGCCCACGGUGGCCACCGCUCUCCCUCCCCUGCCACCCGCGGCCGCGCCCCGCGGGCAUCCGCCAGUCCCCAGGGACGCUACGAAACCUCCGCUAACUCUCCAACCAAUCAGAGGCGUCAGCCGUCACCCACACACGGCAGCGGUGGCCGGCCCAUCCGCAGGGUGUCCCGGACCCCAGAGCCACGCAAGAACCAGCGAGCCUCUCAGAGUCCCCGGGGCGUGAGGAGAGCGCCAUCAAAGUCCAGAUCCAGGUCCCCGAGACCUGCAGGCUUGAAGCGGCCGGCCCCUGGCUCGGCCUCUCCCUCCCCAUCCCGCUCUGCCAGUGGGUCUCCUGCCCCGCCGGCCAAGAAGCCCAGCAGUGGCUCUGGCAGUCCAUCUCCCAACAAGAACUCUGAUCCUGAGGCUGCGGGGAAGAAGAAGAAGAAGAAGAAGGAGAAGAAACACAAGAAGGACAAGAAGCACAAGAAACACAAGAAACACAAGAAGGAGAAGAGCUCCGGCCCUGCGCCCGGGGCGGGGGGAGACCACCCUGCUGCAGACGCAGACGCAGACUCAAAAAAGGAAUCAGACAGUGAAGUAGAGGACAGUCUGGACGACCUGGAGAAGCACCUGCGAGAGAAGGCACUGCGCUCCAUGAGGAAGGCACAGAUGUCUCCCCCACUGUCAUGAGGGAACCUGGUCCCUAUCCCCCAACCCCCCCACCCCCCUCUCUAAAUCUUCCAGUUUCUCUUGGUUUGUUUUUUUACUUUGUCAUUAAACCUGGUUCAGCUUUAGAAUGUACAAAUGAAUUCUCUAGAUUUUUUUUUUCUUUUUACAAAUUUGGUUUGUACUAAAGGGUGGGUUUUAUCAAGGGCUGGAUUUGUCACAGCGAGAUCUCCCCCGUUUCAGUUUUGUUGCCAGUUGUGUAUUAUGAAUGCUAACUGUAAAAACCAUUUGUUGUCCCCUUAUUUUAAAGAGCAGGUUGAGGGACGGUUUAAUUAUUUGGAUUUGCCUUGUGCAAGAUUCUAAAGUUUCACACAAGACACACAAAAGAUUCCAACUGGGGGAAUUAAUGAUUGCAUGUUUAGUGAGUGUGUCUCCGGUGUGAGGGAACUACAAAACAAACACAGAGAAAAGCUGUCACCGCUCCCCUUCUGUCAGUGAGCAUUGUAUGGUACGUUGCCAUGCUGUGAACGCUGUCAAAUGGUGGUAGUAAGUCUGUUUACCCCACCUUUUUGUAAAGUAUCAAGAGGUGUUUGACAUUGUUUCACCUUGCUAUCAUUUUUGACUCCAGAAUAUUCACUGAAAUUCACAUGAAGAUAUGGUCUGUGGCCUG